AUGAGUCUAUGCCAAGUCUGUCGUGGAGUCUUGCCCUCCAUCCCAUUGACAGAUGGCAACCGGGCUCAAGGCUCAGUCGCAGCGUUCCUGUCAGAUCCUGUAUAUCGGUCUGGAGGCCUAUUUGAAGAUCAAUGGACUUUGCGUGGUGAUUUCCCGGUGCAUAAGUCGUGGGAAUCGUUGAAGAGAUCGAUAAGCCAUGACUGUCCUCUCUGCUGGACUAUCUGGCGAUGCAUUCGAUCGUCACCAAUUGCAUCCCCAAAUGAUGAAGAAAUCGCGGAAUUUAAAACUGAGAUAGUAACACUGAGUUAUGAACCUGAUAAUUCUGCGUACACAGUAGAUAUGUGUCUCAUGGGACUUGGUUUAAAGACGAAAGAAUUAAAACUAGCUAUCUGGAAGACCACAGAGAAGUGGUAUCUGGACACCGAGAGAGCAUUACCCUUGGUCGAUCAACAUACAUCUGAGUCGGUUUCUAAACUCGCAAAUCAGUGGAUUAGGACUUGUGAAGCUAACCACUCCGAAUGUUUAAAGGAAGCUUCACCACCACGGAGUGCAAGAAUGCCAACUCGACUGUUGGAUCUGGGACACAGUAACUCAGAUACAUGGCGUAUCCACGAGAACCCCUGUCAUGUCCCCUAUAUCGCACUUUCCCACCGAUGGUCUUCCGAGACACCCACAUUACUUAUGCGCAAUUACUAUCUCUACUCGGAUUCUCAGCCCGAUAGUGUUCUACCACAAAAUUACAAAGACAUUGUCUCUAUCUGUCGUUCUAUGGAUGUACGAUAUCUCUGGAUCGACUCCCUCUGCAUUAUACAAGACGACGGUGGUUUGGAAUUCCGCCGGGAAGCCCCAUUAAUGACGGAUAUCUAUCAAUAUGCUUUCCUCACAUUGACAAUUUGCUGGGACUCUCCAGGUCUCAGUAUUCUUCGCAAGUGUCAGCCUCGUAGCAUACCUCGUCAAAAGCCCGCUGCUUUGUACACUCAACAAGAUUCUAUAUCUCAGAUAGACGAGUAUGUAUUUGUUGAGCACAGGGAUGCGUUGGACGUACAGGUCGACGUGGAUCGUGCACCUCUCAACAGACGUGCGUGGGUCCUACAAGAACGUUAUCUCUCGAGGCGUUUACUCCACCUCGGUAACGAGCAAGUCUAUUGGGAAUGUAACGGAUAUACUGGCAGUGAAAUAUCUCCCACUGCGUACUCUCCUGCAUACAAGAGGACCGAGACAGAACGUCAGUCUAUGGCUGACCUGACAGGACCGGACAGAGAUACUAAUUGGAGUUGGGUACUUUCGAAAUAUACUGGAUACGAUUUGACCUUUGAACGAGAUAGGCUUGUAGCCAUAGCGGGGCUUGCUAAGCUUAUUGCCAGAAAGACUGGUGAUACUUAUCUUGCUGGCAUAUGGCUCGAGUCUUGGAUGCAAGACCUCUUGUGGGAACCUGCCAAUGGUCCUGACUCCAAGCUGGUACUACAGGAUGAAGAUCACUCUUUGAUGAAUCAAUUUUCACGGCCCUCUUGGUCAUGGUUAGCAUUCCCCGGAUCAGUCAUGCCAGGUCGAAUGAUUAAGAAGGGGCCCAAGAUCUCACUUGCAGAUCCUAACUCAUUUAAGUCGAAGGAAUUCCAACCAUUAGCCCUGCUGAGCCAAAUCAUCAUCACUCCCCCAGGAAGUGACCCUUUUGCUUCUUUUGACCGAGCAAUCCUGAGAAUCAGAUGUCUACUUUUACCAGUGAGACUUACUAUCGCUCCACAAUACGAAGGUCCGCAAUGGUACUUCCGACACGACCUUGACUUUACGGUUCCUGCAACUGGUAUAAACUGUAUGGAAUUACGAGCAUGUGAGCCAUACAUCAAGUGGGGUUCUGCAUUUCGAUUUCACUUCAGCAAGCCAUUUAUAUCGUCUGCGCAGCACUUUCUUCUUCCACUAUACGAAUAUCAUUACAGGCGGGACCUGGAUGAGCCAGGCCAUAAAGUAAUUAUGGUUUAUGGCCUCGUUGUAAAGGAAGCUCCGUCUGACAAUACCAGAGAAUUCAUCAGAGUCGGUACAUGGCAAGACAGUCAUCAUGAUCCGUCUCAGCUCAGCCCUAUGAUCAGUAACACGAUUGUUGAACGAGGCAUCGGGAGGAAUUCCGCUCUGAGAGAUGAUAGCCUAAUAGCCAAUGAGCGCUUGUUUGACUCCAAGCUUGGUGAAUAUGCAAUUCAUAAUGUUGCUUCAAAGGUAUUACUUCCUCUAUCGAAUACUGAAGAGCUCAACGAGACAUUCGUCAGGAAGCGGAAAACGCAUAAAACGGUUGAGUGUUCAUUACUUCCACAUUUCAAUACAGCAGAGUGGGAUACUAUAUCUCUGCAAUUGCAGUGGAUGUUCUGCUGA